UGCCUUGCGGCCGGUUCAUCUUCCUGAGAGGCCGUCGUGGAGACUCAACAUGUUGACGCUUGUGUCUGCCUGCCUGCUGCUGACAGUUGGUCUGCUGGGGGUGGCCGCCGCCCUGGCCGCCCAUCUUGGCCGUCGUGCCAAGCAUCCCGCCGGAAUCCCGGGGCCGCACGCCUGGCCCGUGCUGGGCAACCUGCACAUGCUCGGGGGCCACCAGACCCCGUUCCACGCAUUCACAGCCCUCGCCAGGCGCUUCGGGCCCAUCUACCGGCUGCGUCUCGGCGUGUCCCGCUGCGUCGUCGUCUCGUCGUACGCGCUCAUUAAGGAGGUGCUCAUCUCCAAGGGCGCGCACUUUGGCGGCCGUCCGGACUUCACCCGCUUCAAUCAGCUUUUUGGCGGCGACAGGGACAAUUCGCUGGCCCUGUGUGACUGGUCCGAGCUGCAGAAGACGCGUCGCAAGAUCGCCCGCUUCUACUGCUCGCCGCGGCUGUCGUCCUUGCAGUUUCAACAGAUGUCGGCGGUGGCUGAGGUGGAGACGCAGCGCCUGAUCACGCGGAUCAGCGCGCACGGCUCCGCCAACGCACUGCACGUCAAGCCGUUGAUCCAGGCCACGUGCGCCAAUAUGUUCACCAGCUACAUGUGCACGACCACCUUCAGCUACGACGACCCCGCCUUCCGCGAGUUCGUGCACAGCUACGACGAGAUUUUCUGGGAUAUCAACCAGGGCUACGCCGUCGACUUCCUCCCCUGGCUGCUGCCUAUCUACCAGGGCCACAUGAAGAAAUUGCGGAAUUGGGCACAAUCUAUCCGUCAGUUUAUCCUGACCAGAGUAAUCAACGCUCACAGGGAACGCUUGAUGCUAAACCCUGAACCACUCGACUUCACCGACGCCCUGCUGCAGCACCUAGAGAACGACCCUGAUCUCACCUGGCAGCACGCACUUUUCGAGCUGGAAGACUUCCUUGGCGGACACUCUGCAGUCGGAAACCUCAUCAUGCUCGUGCUUGCAGCAGUCGUCAGUAACCCUGAGGUUGGCAAAAAGAUCCUUGCCGAGAUCAACGAGGUCGCCCCUGACGGCAGAAGCAUCAACCUGUUCGACCGCAGCGCGAUGCCCUACACUGAGGCCACCAUCCUGGAGACCCUGCGCGUCACGUCGUCGCCCAUCGUGCCGCACGUGGCCACCGAGGACAGCUCCAUCGCCGGCUUUACCAUCGAAAAAGGCACCGUCGUCUUCCUCAACAACUUUGAGCUCAACACCAGCACCGAAUACUGGGGCCACCCUGACGAAUUCAGACCAGAGAGGUUCGUUGUAGACGGCAGUCUGGUCAAACCCUCGCACUUCAUCCCUUUCAGCACUGGUAAAAGGACUUGCAUUGGCUCAAAACUUGUGCAGAGCUUCUCGUUCGCAACGCUGGUGUCCAUCAUGCAGAAUUUCGACGUGUCCGCCGGUGAGGGCAGCUUGGAGCUGCCGAAGGCGUGCGUCGCUCUGCCUCCUAACACAUUUUCUCUGGUGUUCACGCCGAGACAAGCGCAACAAUCGCAACUGCCGCUCGCACAACAAGCGUAGUUUGCUCGCGGCUCUUGUCCACGGCCAUUUGACAUAGUGUAAAAUGUACAAAAGAUCAUCCCUCCGGCUACCAUAGAUAGCAUAACCUACUACUGUCCUGUGUAUUGCAUUUUUCUUGGAUGCUGUUUUUGUCAUCACGUCGUUCUUUUGAAGAUUCAUUCUUCCAAAUAGAGAGAACAUAAUAAGACUUAUAUAUUUUGUACAAUGUAAGGUGUAAUUUGCUAGCUUAAGUGUGUGGUCUUAAUAAUAUUUAUUUCAUGAUGUGUAGC